AUGCAACAAACCGCUAUCAAGGUGGGUAGGGCUUUCACCAUCAUAAUAUAUGCGGAAGAGUCUUCGUCCCCGGUCCUGCUCCCGCCACCGCCAAAGGAAGGCGUAUUCGCUUGGGUACAGGUCCUGGGAGCUUUCGUUCUGAACCUCAACACCUGGGGCAUGAUGAAUUCGUAUGGCGCCUUCCAGACUUUCUACCAGUUGGACAUGCUACGUUCUUACUCUCCAUCGAAUAUUGCUUGGAUUGGUUCCACCCAAUCAUUCUUACUCUUCCUCGUCUCUCUCGCUGCUGGUCCCCUCUUCGACGCAGGAUACGUUCGAUGGCUGUUCUGGACCGGAUCUUUACUGGUGGUUGUCGGCAUGUUCCUCACUAGCAUCACCUCCGCCUACUGGCAGGUAUUCUUGACACAGGCCCUGAUGAUGGGUCUUGGAUUCGGCUGCCUAUACCUACCUGCGCCGGCUAUAGUCUCCCAGCACUUUCAUGCCAAAACCGCGCUGGCCAUGAGCGCUUCAUCUACCGGUAGCGCUAUUGGCGGAAUCAUAUACCCCAUCGCAUUUAAUGCGCUGCAGCCACACGUCGGAUUUGGCUGGGCCACCCGCGUGCUUGCUUUCAUCCUCCUAGCAACCUCCGCCAUCCCGGUCUUCCUCAUGAAAUCGAUUGCCCCGCCCCGGCCGACCAGGGGAUUAAUCGACCGCACCGCCUUCAGAGAUGCGCCUUAUCUCCUAUUGAGCUUGGGCCUUUUCUUUGGCGUCAUGGGGUUCUAUAUAAUCUUUUAUUAUAUCGAGCUGCUGGCAUUAGAGCGAACCGAUGUCUCUUCUCAUCUAUCCGGCUAUCUCCUCGUAAUUCUUAACGCCGCCUCGCUGCCCGGCCGCAUCAUCCCAGGCUACUACGCUGACCGCAUUGGGAGCCUCAAUACGCAGGCUGCUGUAGCUUUUGCAGGCGCCGUGCUGACUUUCAGCAUGCUUGCAAUCCGAACCACCGCUGCCCUGGUCGUUGUUACCGUAUUAUACGGCUUCAUGGCUGGCGCUUUCAUGGGACUGCCUGCCGCUAGCAUCGUUAACCUUUCUCCCGAUAAAAGUAAGAUUGGCACACGCCUUGGUAUGACGCUAGCAUUUAUAGGCUUCGGUAUGCUCAUUAGCAACCCUAUAGCUGGCGCUAUUCUCGGCGACGACGAGGACUGGGUCGGUUUGGUUGUGUGGUGUGGUGCUCUACUUGCGGCUUCUUUCAUAGGUCUUACAGUGAGCCGAAUUCUUAAGGUCGGGCCGGAACUAGCCAAAGCGAUCUAAACCAGUUGGGAAUGAUUCUAUGAAUGGGUCCAGUACGUUUUUGAGGUUUCUUCAGAGAAUUUAUUACUAUGUGCUACAAGCGAACGCGUCCUGAUUCAUGUAAUUUGAGAUACUAAACUUACCUAGAUUUAUGAUCUUCAUAGAAUGUAAUAGUAUAUAAAGGACCGAGGUUAAUAUUAUCCUGCCGUUCUGUCGGCUACUUUGGCAUCAAGAAAAAAAGGUCAGCAUCCUGAAUUUACUAAGAUAUACCUAACUUAGCCCGCUGACAUGA